UCCUUCUCCGUCUCUACUGCUUCUGCCCCUCUCUCUCUCUCUCUGAGCGAUUGAAAUUCGUCUCUGCAAAUGGCGUCUGAAGGGACCUUGAACUGCAUCGACAUCCUCUUGGCGAUCAUCCUCCCUCCUCUUGGCGUUUUUCUCAAGUUCGGAUGCGAGGUGGAGUUUUGGAUAUGUUUGCUGCUGACGCUUUUCGGAUGGUUGCCUGGAAUCAUCUACGCCGUCUAUGCCAUAACCAAGUGAAGAUAAAUGGUUCGUUUGGUUUCCGUUAACGGCUUCCGUUAUCACCAUUGGGGAAUGACGCCGUCGAUCUAUUGCUUUUUAACUGCUGCGGCUGAUUGUGACCGUUGAUUGUUCUUCUUCGUGCCCUUUUGUGUGUGUGUGUGUUUUUUUUUUUUUUUUAUAAGGAUUUUUUCUGUAAUUUGCUUGUGGAUGUAUCUGCGUCUGGUUUUAGAAUAAAACGACUGUAGAGUUCUGUUUC